AUGACAAAGCACACUAAGACCGCCAUCUUGUCUGUGUACGACAAGACAGGCUUGUUGGACCUCGCCAAGGGCUUGGCUGCCCAAAACGUCCGGAUCUUGGCUUCCGGUGGUACUGCUAGAAUGGUUCGUGAUGCUGGAUUUCCGGUCGAAGAUGUUUCUACAAUUACUAGAGCCCCGGAAAUGCUUGGUGGUAGAGUCAAGACACUCCACCCUGCUGUGCACGGAGGUAUUUUGGCGCGUAACUUGGAAAGUGACGAGAAAGAUUUGCAUGAUCAAGGCAUUGAAAAGGUGGACUUUGUGGUGUGCAAUUUGUACCCAUUUAAAGAGACAGUUUCAAAGGUUGCGGUGACUAUAAACGAAGCCGUGGAGGAGAUUGAUAUUGGAGGCGUGACCCUCUUGAGAGCAGCUGCCAAAAACCACGCCAGAGUCACCAUCUUGUCGGAUCCAAACGACUAUGCUGGAUUUUUGCAAGAAUUGAAAACCGGAGAAAUUUCCGCUCCAACUCGUAAUCGUUACGCGUUGAAGGCAUUCGAGCACACCGCCGACUACGACGUGGCCAUCUCGGACUUUUUCCGCAAACAAUACGCCGAAAACAUCUCGCAAUUGCCUUUGAGAUACGGCGCCAACCCCCACCAGAAACCAGCCCAGGCUUACGUUUCUCAGGGCGAACUUCCUUUCAAGGUGUUGUGUGGGUCUCCCGGCUACAUCAACCUUCUCGAUGCUUUGAACUCGUGGCCUUUGGUUAAGGAAUUGAGUGCGUCGCUCAACCUUCCAGCCGCUGCUUCGUUCAAGCACGUUUCUCCCGCCGGUGCCGCCGUGGGAAUUCCUCUUUCCGACAUUGAAAAGAAGAUUUACUUUGUAGAAGACAUUGAGAAUCUCUCGCCGUUGGCCAAUGCCUACGCCCGUGCUCGUGGAGCCGACAGAAUGUCGUCGUUCGGCGACUGGAUUGCCCUUUCCAACAUUGUCGAUCUUCCCACCGCCCAGAUCAUCUCCAAGGAGGUUUCCGAUGGUGUCAUUGCCCCAGGAUACUCGCAGGAAGCACUCGAUAUCUUGAAGAAGAAAAAGGGUGGAAAAUACUGCAUUUUGCAAAUCGACCCCAACUACACUCCCGACACUUUGGAGUCUCGUCAAGUGUACGGAAUCACCCUCCAGCAGAAGAGAAACGACGCCAUCAUCAAGGGCUCAUCUUUCAAGGAAAUCGUGUCGAAAAACAAGGCCCUUACCGAGCAAGGUGUCAUUGACUUAACGGUGGCUACCAUUGCUCUCAAAUACACCCAAUCCAAUUCUGUGUGCUACGCCAAAAACGGUAUGGUGAUUGGCUUGGGAGCUGGCCAGCAAUCCCGUAUCCACUGUACUCGGUUGGCAGGAGACAAAGCCGAUGCCUGGUGGUUGAGACAGCACCCUCGGGUUCUCGCAUUCGAAUGGGCUAAGGGUACCAAGCGUCCCGACAAGGCCAAUGCCAUCGACUUGUUCGUCACCAACCAGGUUCCUACCGAGGAGCCCGAGAAGUCGGAAUACGAGUCCAAAUUUGUCAAGGUUCCCGAACCAUUGACGGCGGAAGAGAGAAAAGAAUGGUUGAACAAAGCCUCGGAAGUCGCAUUAUCUUCCGAUGCAUUUUUCCCAUUCCCAGACAAUGUGCAUCGUGCUUCCCGUUCGGGAGUAACGUAUGUGGCUGCUCCUUCGGGAUCGGUGAUGGACAAGGCCGUUUUUGCAGCUGCCGACGAAUAUAACAUGGUGUAUGUGGAGAACCAGAUCCGGUUGUUCCAUCACUAG